CGCGCCGCGCGCCCCCUCCCUUGCGCUCCGCUCCGCGCGCGCGCUGCAAAGAUGGCGGCGCUGAGUAAGUCUAUUCCCCACAGCUGCUACGAGAUCGGGCACACCUGGCACCCGCAGUGCUCCUGGGCUGUGCUGCACGUCACACAGAGCGCCCUGGCUGAGUCCCUCCGCAUCUACGGCACCCUCUACCUGAUUGCAGCUAUUCUCAGGAAACGAAAACUUGACUAUUAUUUGUACAAACUUCUACCUGAGAUCUUGCAGUCAACUUCCUUUCUGACAGCAAAUGGGACCUUGUAUAUUGCUUGCUUUUGCAUUCUAAGGAAGAUACUUGGAAAAUUCUACUUUUGGUCUCCUGGCUUUGGUGCUGCUUUACCAGCUUCUUACAUGGCUAUUCUCAUCGAAAGGAAAAGCAGGAGAGGCCUUCUCACAAUUUACAUGGCCAACCAAGCCACAGAAACAUUGUUCCGAAUGGCAGUAGCAAGAGGAACUAUCACACCUUUAAGACAUGGAGAAGUCCUUUUGUUCUGCAUCACAGCUGCUCUGUUCAUGUUCUUCUUCAGAUGCAAAGACGGCUUGAAAGGAUUUACAUACUCUGCACUAAAGUUCAUUGUAGGGAAAGAAGAAAUCCCCACUCACUCUUUUUCUCCCGAAGCAGCGUUUUCAAAAACAGAUAGAAAAAUCAAGCAUUGUGAAAAACUAUCACAGCCAAUGAACAUACUGGCUCUAACGAAAAAGCUCAUGGACAAAGUGUGCAAACAUGGCCCGAGGCAUAGAUGCUGUAAACACUAUGGAGAUAAUUGCAUCUCAUACUGUAUUAAAGGCUUCAUUAGGAUGUUUAGCAUUGGUUACCUGAUCCAGUGUUGCCUUCGGAUUCCUUCCACCUUCCGGCAUCUGUUUACGCAACCAUCACGGCUAUUUUCCCUCUUCUACAACAAGGAAAAUUUCCAGCUUGGAGCUUUUUUGGGAUCUUUCGUCAGUAUAUACAAAGGCACAAGUUGCUUCCUGCGCUGGGUCCGGAACCUAGAUGAUGAGCUUCAUGCACUUGUAGCUGGGUGUCUAGCAGGAAUUUCUAUGAUGUUUUACAAAAGUACAACUAUCUCUAUGUAUCUGGUGUCCAAAUUAGUAGAGACUAUAUACUUCAAAGGCAUUGAAGCAGGGAAGGUUCCCUAUUUUCCUCAUGCAGACAGCAUCAUCUAUGCCAUUUCUACAUCGAUAUGCUUUCAGGCAGCUGUCAUGGAAGUUCAGAACCUGAGACCUUCAUACUGGAAAUUUCUUUUACGACUAACAAAGGGCAGGUUUGCUCUCAUGAACAGAAAAGUUUUAGAUGUAUUUGGCACUGAAGCAUCUAAGAACUUCAAGGAUUUCACACCUAAACUUGACCCAAGAUACACAGUUGUGCCACCAGAGCUACCACUGGAGCUGUCUUGAACACAACAGCCUGGCUUGUCAUUGAAUGUGAUUAGCAUUUUGUCCUGAAAAGUUAAUUAACUCGACAGUCGUAUGUAUGGAGGAGGGCUAGGGCUCCACUUCAGUAUUAUUUCAAUGAGAAAUGCUUUUUACCAAUCGAAAAUACUGCAGCUUUGCAGGAAGGUGUGGCUUAGUGAUUUAGCCCCUUCUAUAAGCAGAAAAUAUUUUUGGAUUACUGUAGUUGAUUGACCGUAUGGUAGAAUCCUGAAUGAAUUAAACAAAUGAGUAAUAUAUUUAGAGAAGUAAAACAUAAAUACACAUCAUAAUUUCAAAAACUCUGUAGUUCAUACCAGUAGAAUAUUUCUUGGUAAAACUAAAAGUAAUUCCUAAUUUAGAAAGAAAGACAAUUGGCAUAGUUUAGGUCCAAAAUUUUACCUGGUCUUAGAAAUGGGUGAAAAUGCCUGCAUGGUUUUCUAAAUUGCGUCACUGAUUUGUCUCAAAAGAGCCAUUACCCACUCAUUAGUUAAAAUUAUUUUUGCACAGCUGUGGUUGCAAAAUAAGGCAUUCCUUAGGAAAAGAAAAUGCAUAUUGAUUCAGAAAUCACAUUCCAGGGCUGCAGAUUCCACUGAUGAUAUAGAUAACAGACAAGGAAAACAAGAAGGCGGUCCUGGUGGCUGCUGCGCUCCGAGGAGCAGCGGGUGUGGUGGUAAGCAUCUGCCAAGUGGAAAAGGACAAACUGGCAGAGGAAGGAAUGAAACGUUCCAGCCUCUGAGAUGGUGCUGGAAACAGCAGACAGUUAUGAAAAUAAAAAAGCCAAGAACAAAACAACAACCCCCCCCCAAAUACACUGAAGUGAAAUGUUUAUUUUUAAAAGGGUUUGACAUUGUCUCCUUAGAUGGCAUCAGGUUGUUUGUCAGGCUGCAACGCCAGCCAGUGUUUCAAGCAUUUCUUUAGAAAAGAGCUAACCCCUGAGGUUAGACUGUUACAAGAGAACAGUUUUGACAAUCGUAUUAAUAGUGUUUUUUCCUUGUACUCGGUGAAGAAUGGUUUUGCAUCAGGGCAUCAGACAGCCAUGACUGGCACAGUUACAUUGAAUUUGAUAUGGUACUCAAUGCAAAUAACUACCUACACAAAGUCCAUCUCAUUUUUACCGUGCAUAUUUCUGCAGAUUUAUCUUCUAAAGUGAGACCUUGACGUGCUAAUUGCUUUUUUUUUUCCUCUUUGGGGCUUUUUUUAUUUAGAAUCCAUUCAGGUGAUGUUGAAUGAUGUUCAUUACCCUAGAACUUAAUGAAAAGAUGAACUAUAUUCACACUCAGCUGAAAAGAGGCAAGAUAAGCCAGGGAAUUGAAAUUGCAGUAGGUUGCAUGUAUUUUAAAAAUAAAAGAAGAAGAAAUCAGUGUUUUAUUGGACGUCUUUGUCAAAUGACAUGAAUUGGACUAAUUAAUACACUCGUCGUCUUGUAACACUGUAGUCCUACCCCAGACAUAAGCAUAUUUUAAUUCCAGUUAAUUGAAUACGGAAUAUGCAGUAAUUUUUAUCAGAUUUACAGAAUUGUUGUGAAAAUUGUACCAAUUUGUGCACAAAAUCUGUUUCUUCAUCAGCUACACUAACAGUGAUGCUUUAUCACUGUUACUAAAGGUGCUUCAUCCUUUAAAACAGUGGUUGUCAAGGUUAGUGUGAAUAAAGUUUGGCAAGCUAGUUUGUAUGCAAUAUUUUAUUGCUUGAAAUAUUAUAUUAAAAUUCCUCGAAAGGAAAUAAAAGUUAAUUCAUCAAGAACUUUAAAAUGAUUGUAAUAGGUUUGUAGUGUUUUUCCACUGGAAUAUGGUCUAAAAUAUUUGACCUUGUAAAGUUUGAGAAGUUAUAUAUUUUAGGUGGUAUAUUAAAACUCACACACUAUAUUAUGAAUACUUUCUAGUGUAACUAUAUACCAUUCUCAAACUUAAAGAUAUUUUAUGGAUGGAUUAAGUUUCUUCACUGGAAUGACAAUUGUGAUUGUUUCUCUAUUUGAGGGUUUUUUUGAGAAAAAAAAUCCAAGAACUACAUCUCAGCAGCUAAACAAGAGUUUUGUCUAUGUUUCUUGCUUCCAAAAUUCACAGUCCUUGUUUUGAGUUAUUCUCUUGUAAUAUAAAAAGAAAUGAAAAUUUUUUAAAUUAUUUUUAUUCAAAUCGAAUAUAUGUAAGAGAAAAAAAUAAAGUCCUAAUGUUCUUCCCAAUAAUAAAUAGUUGCUGCUUGAAAAAGUGA